UGCGCGGCCACCGCCCCCCCCGCCCGGCGGGGCCAUGGGGACCGGCUCCAGGGUGCUGCUGGUGCUGCUGCUCCUCCUUCCCAUCUGGGGCUCGGCGGCGGCACACAAUGGGGAUCUUACAGUUAGACCCACAUGCAAGCCUGGCUUCUCAGAGCACGACUACACAGCCUUCGUCUCCCAAAACAUCAUGGAAGGGCAGAAGUUACUCAAAGUAAAAUUUAAUAACUGUGCUGGUAACAAGGGAGUUCGGUAUGAAACCAACAGCCUGGACUUCAAGGUGAGGGCGGACGGGACCCUGUUUGCCGCCCACCACGUGCAAAUGCCCUCGAAGCAGCUGAUCCUGGUGGUGACGGCGUGGGAUCCCCAGACCCUGGGCAGGUGGGAGGCCAUGGUCCGGUUUCUGGUGGCAGAGAAGUCCCAGCACAGCGGACACAAGCCAAAAGGCAGGAAGACACUACCUGGAGACCUGGUGCAGCAGCAAAGUGACACUCUGCUCCCGUGGCGGCAGCAUCAGAGCGCCAACGGCCUGCGGAGGCAGAAGAGGGACUGGGUCAUCCCACCCAUCAACGUGCCAGAGAACUCCAGAGGACCCUUUCCACAGCAGCUGGUUCGGAUUCGCUCCGAUAAGGACAAAGAGAUCCAUAUCAGGUACAGCAUCACCGGAGUGGGAGCCGACCAGCCGCCCAUGGAAGUCUUCAGCAUUGACCCUGUGUCUGGCAGGAUGUACGUGACACGCCCGAUGGACAGGGAGGAAAGAGCUUCCUACCACCUCCGGGCUCACGCAGUGGAUAUGAAUGGAAACAAGGUGGAGAAUCCUAUUGACCUUUACAUCUAUGUGAUUGAUAUGAAUGACAACAGACCAGAGUUCAUCAACCAAGUGUAUAAUGGAUCUGUUGAUGAAGGCUCCAAACCAGGUACCUACGUGAUGACGGUGACGGCAAAUGACGCAGACGACGCCACUACAGCGAACGGGAUGGUGAGGUACCGGAUCGUCACUCAGACCCCGCAGAGCCCAUCACAAAACAUGUUUACCAUUAACAGCGAGACAGGAGACAUUGUCACCGUGGCUGCUGGACUCGACAGAGAGAAAGUUCAGCAGUAUAUAGUCAUUGUUCAAGCCACAGAUAUGGAAGGAAAUCUUAACUAUGGUCUCUCAAACACGGCAACAGCGAUCAUUACGGUGACAGAUGUGAAUGACAACCCCCCUGAAUUCACCACCAGCACUUAUUCAGGAGAGGUUCCUGAGAACAGAGUGGAGGUUGUGGUGGCAAAUCUGACGGUGAUGGACCGGGACCAGCCUCACUCCCCCAACUGGAAUGCCAUCUACCGCAUCAUCAGCGGGGACCCCUCCGGGCACUUCACCAUCCGCACAGACCCCGUCACCAAUGAGGGCAUGGUGACCGUGGUGAAGGCAGUCGAUUACGAGAUGAACAGAGCUUUCAUGCUGACAGUGAUGGUAUCAAACCAAGCUCCCCUGGCCAGCGGCAUCCAGAUGUCCUUCCAGUCGACAGCAGGAGUCACCAUUUCAGUCACAGAUGUCAACGAAGCACCAUAUUUCCCAACGAACCACAAGUUAAUCAGGCUGGAGGAAGGGGUGCCAACAGGAACAGUCCUGACAACGUUUUCAGCGGUGGAUCCCGAUCGCUUCAUGCAGCAGGCAGUAAGAUACUCUAAGCUGUCAGAUCCUGCAAACUGGCUGAACAUUAAUGCCACAAAUGGUCAGAUCACUACUGCUGCUGUCCUUGAUCGAGAGUCAGACUACAUUAAGAAUAAUGUCUACGAGGCCACAUUCUUGGCGGCUGACAACGGUAUCCCCCCCGCCAGCGGCACUGGCACCCUGCAGAUCUACCUAAUCGACAUCAACGACAACGCUCCCGAGCUCCUGCCAAAGGAGGCACAGAUCUGUGAAAAGCCAAACCUGAAUGUCAUCAACAUCACAGCCGCGGACGCUGACAUCGAUCCAAACGUCGGGCCCUUCGUCUUCGAGCUGCCAAGUGUGCCAUCUGCGGUGAGGAAGAACUGGACCAUAACACGGCUGAAUGGUGAUUACGCCCAGCUCAGUUUACGGAUCAUGUACCUGGAGGCGGGUGUGUAUGAUGUGCCCAUCAUCGUGACAGACUCAGGAAACCCCCCCUUGUACAACACCUCUGUCAUCAAGGUGAAGGUGUGUCCGUGCGACGAGAACGGCGACUGCACCACCAUCGGGGCCGUGGCCGCUGCAGGGCUGGGCACGGGGGCCAUCAUUGCCAUCUUGAUCUGCAUCAUCAUCUUACUGACCAUGGUCCUGCUGUUCGUGGUGUGGAUGAAGCGCCGCGAGAAGGAGCGUCACACCAAGCAGCUCCUGAUCGACCCCGAGGACGACGUCAGGGACAACAUCCUCAAGUACGACGAAGAAGGAGGUGGAGAGGAAGACCAGGAUUACGAUUUAAGCCAGCUCCAGCAGCCAGAGACCAUGGAUCACGUGCUGAACAAGACACCCGGAGUCAGAAGGGUGGAUGAAAGACCUAUUGGUGCUGAACCACAGUAUCCUAUCAGACCAGUAAUCCCACAUCCAGGGGAUAUUGGUGAUUUUAUUAAUGAGGGCCUGCGGGCAGCAGACAACGACCCCACAGCCCCCCCAUACGAUUCCCUGCUCGUCUUUGAUUACGAGGGCAGCGGCUCCACCGCCGGCUCCGUCAGCUCCCUCAACUCCUCCAGCUCCGGGGACCAGGACUACGACUACCUGAACGACUGGGGGCCCAGGUUCAAGAAACUGGCGGACAUGUACGGGGGAGGCGAGGAAGAUUAAACUGACCUCAUCUUAUUUAAAAAAAAAAAAAAAAAAAAAAAAAAAAGAAAAAAAAAAAAAAAAAAGGAAGAAGAAGAAGAAAAAAAAAUUUAGGAGAAAAAAAAAAAACACGACAAACCCACAGACGACAACGUUAACAAAAAGAGCCGAUGCAGGAGCAAGAACUGUACAGAUGUGGCAGCUUUUUUAAUUAAUAUCCCCUGCUGACUGUAUUGUUAUUUUUAGUGGUGUUAUAGGAGGUUUCUUUUUUUUUUCUUUUCUUUUUCCUUUCCAUUUUUUUUUCUUAGAAUAUUGAGCUGUCUCGCAUGAACACUUGUCUCUGCUGCAGGUUUCUUUUUGUUGUUUCGGUUUUUUAAUGUCAGCUGGGAUAUUGCUCGUUUACCUGCUUUAUGACUAAAGAGAGUGAAAGGCACUCUGUCUUAACUUGAAUUUCUUAGAACAGAAGCACUGUUUUUAAAAUAUAUAUAUAUAUAUAUAUUUGAAAGUG